AGGUCUACGGUCUCUGUCGUCCUGGGAAAGCUUUGAAGGUGGCAUUGCUCUCGCCUCUCUAUAUAUAAUCCCUCCCAUUUCUCCCCUCUCAAACAAUUCCAAACUUCAAUCUUCCUUCCAUCUAAAAGCUCUGUCUUAUCGAUCAUGGCUGCCAUUAACAAUUGUGCCAUAGCCUCCGCCGUGGCUUUGGUCUUCUUAUUUCUCGCCGGCGUUCCGGAGCCAUCCUUGGCGACUCUGGUUAAGGAACAGGGGCCUGUCCUCGAGUACCACAACGGCACCCUUUUAAAGGGCGAGGUCACCGUUAAUCUCGUCUGGUACGGGGAGUUCACGGCGACCCAACGGUCUAUCAUCGUUGAUUUUCUCCAGUCGUUUAAAUCGGAAAAAGAUGCUCCGGCGCCGUCUGUUGGGUCUUGGUGGAAGACCACCGAGAAGUAUAAAGGCGGCGGGUUAGCCAGUCUUGUUGUCGGAAAGCAAAUAAUGGAUGAGAAAUGUUCGCUGGGGAAAUCGCUCAAGGAUGAGCAGAUUGAGGAGUUGGCGGGAAAGGGUGGGCAUGACGCCGCGUCUGUUAGCGUUGUGAUGACGGAUAAGGAUGUUUCUGUGGACGGGUUUUGCCGGAGUAGGUGUGGAACUCACGCGUCGACGGCGGCGGGGGAGAACCGAGUUGCGUACGCGUGGGUGGGGAACUCGGAGACUCAGUGCCCCGGGAAAUGCGCGUGGCCGUUUCAUCAGCCCAUUUACGGCCCCCAGACGCCGCCUCUGGUGGCGCCUAACGGAGACGUUGGAGUUGACGGAAUGAUCAUCAACCUCGCCACCGUCUUGGCCGGGACCGUGACCAACCCGUUUAAGGACGGGUACUUCCAGGGGCCGGCGACGGCGCCGUUAGAGGCCGUCAGCGCCUGCACGGGGAUGUUCGGGUCCGGGUCGUACCCGGGAAACGCGGGUAAAGUCUUGGUGGAUAAGACCUCGUCGGCGAGCUACAAUGCGCACGGCGCAAACGGGCGCAAGUUCUUGCUCCCGGCCAUGUGGGACCCUGCGAAGUCAGCAUGCGCGACACUGGUCUGACGUGGACAACAAGAAGAGAGUAGGUGGGGCCGGGCGGGGUAGGAGUACGAUCCUGUGUUGGCGUCUCCAUCCGUGUAAAUAGAAGGACGCGCACGUGGCUCUUUUGCCAGGGGUUUGGUUGGUUUGGUUCGGUUGUCGUUUAGUAUAGCUGUGAAAAUCCUGUUCUGCAAUGAACAUCAAAAAUGCAAUGCUAAAAGGAUAUAAUCUUUUAGUAAAAUAAUAAAUAAUAAAUUUUGUUUUGCCGGAUACA